GGAGUACAUAAAUGUAUUGAGCCCCCAAAGUUGAUGGAAACACACACAAACGCGACACAAGAAAAUUUGGAUUAUAAGAACCGGACUUUUUUUGAUAAAAUAUCAAAAGCAGAGAAUGAAAUUGCCAACCGUGCACUGGGGAAACUUAUAUUUGGAUGUAACAUUCCUCUUAGUGUUGUAGACUCUAAUCAUUUUAAAAAUUUUGUCAAGACUUUAAGACCGUCAUACAGGCCACCAGUUCGAAAAACACUUGCAACAACCAUUCUUGAUGCAGAAUAUGAAGAGUGCAGAACUUCUUUAAAGUUUGGUGAACAUUCUGUUCUGCUCAUCGAUGGAUGGAAGAAUGAGGCAGCCAACACAAAAAACAUAGCUGCUAUGAUACAUAAUGCAGCAGGUGACAUUGGAUUUCUUGAUGCUUGGGAUCUGUCGGGAGAGAGUGAAACAGGAAGUGCUCUAAAGGAUAUUGUUUCACAAGCAAUUGUAUCUGCACGUGAUCUUUACAAUACAGAAUUAUAUGCUGUAUGUUCGGACAAUGCUGCCAAUAUGAUGAAAAUGGGUAAAAUAAUAGAUUUGUGGCACAUUACAUGCAAUUCACAUACUGGUAAUCUUCUUGCAAAAGAGCUUGUCCCACCCCAGCUGGCAUCAAGAGUAAAUACAUUGUUAAAAGCUUUCACUUCAGCUGAUCAAGAAGUACGUCUCCUUGCAUAUGGUGGACACCGGAUAACACUGGCAUGUGAAACACGAUGGUGCAGCAAUAGAGAUGCAUUCCUUUGUCUGCAGAAAAAUCUACCAGCAAUGAAAAAGGUGGUUGGACAGGGUGUAUCAAUUGACCCUGCUGCUCUUCAGCUGAUGUUUGAUGACAACUUCAUGAAGCAAGUUUCAGAUGGCAUCCAGCUGUUUGACCCUGUUUGUACGUUAAUCAAUAAGUGUCAGCAAAGCAAAUUCAGUAUUGCUGACGCUGCAGAAGAGUGGAUGCAAUUACGGUUGCCAGAUGGAUACAUCCAACUCCAAAAAAAUGUCGAAAAGAGGCGUGAGCAAGCACUUACCACAUAUGGCUUAGCAGCAAACUUCUUGCACCCAGUCUACCUAGGGAAGAGGUUUUCUGCAGAACAGCAUGAUGAGGUGGAGGAGUUCUUGCUUCAAGAACUUGAUGGGCAAGGACUGGAUGAUCUAGCAAAAUUCAAGAGUUCUACAGAGCAUAGUAUUUUUCAGUUACUUAGAGAGAAAGGUGUUGUUAAUCCAUCAUCUUUCUGGGGGCUUGCUCAACGAAAACAUCCAGAAAUAAGCAAACUAGCAAUUAAGCUCUUGAAUAUCCCAGCCUCAUCUGCACAACUAGAGAGGGCAUUUAGUAAUUGGUCGUAUGUCCACUGCCCCUUACGAAACAGGCUUACAUUUGAAAGGUCAAAAAAGUUGCUGCAUGUGUACCAUACGCUGAAACUUCGAGAUGUCCCAUCUGAUGAAUAUUGACUGACUUGAUAAAUGGAAACCAAUCCUACUCUCUAGUUUUAUUGUACUAAAGAAUAUUAAAUAUGUAAUUUUAAACAUACAAAUUCUAGUUUCCAGGUAAAUAUGUAGUCUGUAUGAUGUUAAUAAACAUAAUUUUCUACGUGUAGACUAUGUAAUAAAUCUCAA